GUCCGGUCGACUGGCAAGAAUACCGGAAGAGUUGUUUUUUUAACCAAGUGAGAUGGGCUCCGAAUAAACAACAUUGAGUUGACAGUUGUAAUUAACGGAAUGUAAACACAGCCCACAUUAAUAUAAACGUACAUCAUAAAUCCUGUUUACUCCCAAGAAAACGCCGCAGAUUACGGCUCGGUGCCCAAGUAAAUUAGCUAGCUCGCUGGCUAGGUGGAGCUGAAGUUCCUUCAUCACGAAGUCUGCUUCCUCUUUUUGGACAUCGCUGUACCGUUGGGAACAUUAGAACUACAAGAGAAGCUGCUUAAGUUUGUCGGCAUACGAGGGCCACUUCAUGGUUCGGGGCCCGUUUGGUCUAUGUGUUUGGUUAACUGCUGGAUAAUCGAAAGUCAUUCAGGUAGAGAGCUGACGGUGCCACACGAGAUUUGCCAUUGCGGGGCAGCAGUGCUCGCUCAGCGAGGAUGAAGAGAUUUCGCCGACAUGGCCACGAUUCUCAACGAGACAAACUCAAGCAAGAACUCUACCAGUUCAAUAAGACUGUGGAACAUGGCUUUCCUCAUCAGCCCAGUGCUUUGGGCUACAGCCCUGACCUGGAUCUGCUGGCCAUUGGCACUCGCUCAGGAGCCAUCAAACUGUAUGGAGCCCCAGGUGUGGAGUUUAUGGGACUCCACGAUGAGAAUGCCACAGUGACUCAAGUGCACUUCCUGCCUCACCAGCUGGAGUUGGUGACUCUUCUGGAUGACAAUAGCCUGCACAUGUGGACACUAAGAGCACACCAAGGUGUGUCUGAGCUGCUGGAGGUGGGCCGCUUCACUCUGACUGGACCACCCGGGGCCCCACCCAGUGUGACACGAGUAACUACGGUGCUGGCCCAUUCCUCAGGCGAGCUGCUCCUCUUAGGAACAGAGGGGGGCCACGUGUUUGUGGUGGAGGUACCUGGCUUUCGAGAGCUUGAGGAGAGGAACAUUAGUGUGGAGGAUGUCCAGGCCAGAAUUCCAGAGGAGUAUGGUCCCAGGCGAAACCUGGAGUGUGUGGAGGCGCUACAGGAGAAGCCGUUGAACCAGAGCCAGGUGCUGAUCGGCUACGGCCGCGGCCUCAUGGUGCUGUGGGACCUGGACAGACAGUGCGCCAUACAGCACUUUUUGGGCACGCAGCAAUUGGAAAGUGUUUGGUGGAUGGAGAAUGGAGAGAGUAUACUCAGUUCCCAUAGUGAUGGCAGCUAUUGCUGCUGGACCACAGCUGAUGGGGAUGUGCAAUCAGAGCCUGAAAAGCAAGAUACUCCUUACGGUUCUUUCCCGUGUAAAGCUAUUUCCAAAAUUCUUCAGUUUCCCACAAAAGAAGGGCCUCCAUUUUUGAUAUUAAGUGGUGGCAUGCCACGUGCUAGCUAUGGAGAUAGGCACUGCAUCUCCGUCAUCCACAGCAAGACUCAUGUUGCACUGGACUUCACCUCCCGCAUUAUCGACUUCUUUGUUAUCAGGGAAGGAGAGCAGGACACCGGAGACCCGAGUGCUCUUGUGGUGCUGGUGGAAGAGGAGCUGGUGGUGGUGGACCUGCAGUCGGAGGGAUGGCCGGUCAUCCAGAUGCCCUACCUGGUACCGCUGCACUGCUCUGCCAUCACCUGCUCACACCACAUCUCCGGCAUCCCCCUCAAACUGUGGGAACGCAUACUAGCUGCUGGGAGCCUACAAAACACACACUACUCAAAAAAGUCCUGGCCCAUCAAUGGUGGACAGAAUCUGGCUGCUGAACCACCACAGAGAGACCUGCUCCUUACAGGACAUGAAGAUGGCACUGUGCGUUUCUGGGACGCCUCCGGGGUCUGCCUGUAUCCCAUGUACAAGCUCAGCACAGCGAGCGUUUUCCACACCGACGCCGACCCCAACGACAACCUCAAUCAGGGGGCGGAGGGGGAGUGGCCUCCGUUCCGCAAGGUGGGGUGCUUUGACCCCUAUAGCGAUGACCCUCGGCUUGGAAUCCAGAAGAUCCAUCUUUGUAAAUACAGCGGUUACCUGACAGUGGCAGGAACAGCAGGGCAGAUUCUGGUGAUGGAGUUAAAUGAUGAGGUGGCAGAGCAAGUGGUUCCAGCCAGCGUUGCCGACCUGCUCCAGGGCCAGGAUGGGUUCCGCUGGAAAGGCCACGCGCGUUUGGAUGUCCAAGAAGAGCCCGUCUCUUUCCCUCCGGGCUUCCAGCCCUUCGCGUUGGUGCAGUGUCAGCCCCCAGCAGUCGUCACGGCCAUUGCGCUCCACUCCGAGUGGAAACUUGUAGCCUUCGGAACCAGCCACGGUUUUGGCGUAUAUGACUACCAACAGAGAUGCGUUGUUCUAGCCAGGUGUACCCUUAACCCCAGUGAUCAAUUGGCCAUGGAGGGUCCUUUGUCCCGAGUCAAAUCGAUCAAGAAAUCCUUACGCCAGUCAUUCCGUCGGAUCCGUCGCAGCCGUGUGUCCAUGCGCAAACAUCAGACAGCCAAUGCCGCUAAGCUUCAGGAGAUCAAUGCAAGGCUAGAGGCUGAGGCGCUGCAGGAAAUGGAGUUGGCCCCUGUUCAGAGGCGGAUUGAAGCUCGCUCCUCUGAUGAUUCCUUCACUGGCCUCGUCAGGACACUCUACUUUGCAGACUCCUUUAUUACUGACAGUGCUCAUAGCACGCCAUCUUUGUGGGCCGGAACUAAUGGAGGUGCAGUGUUUGCCUACAUGCUCCGGCUUCCCCCAAUGGAGCGGAGGAUGGAUGACCCAGUGACUGCCCAGCAAGCUAAGGAAAUUCAGCUGAUGCACCGUGCUCCUGUGGUGGGUCUGGUGGUGCUGGACGGGAGAGGGGUGCCCCUGCCUGAGCCUCUGGAGGUGGCCCACGACCUGGCCCGCAGCCCAGACAUGCUGGCCUCUCACCACCUCCUGGUCAUAUCGGAAGAGCAAUUUAAACUGUUCACGUUGCCCAAAGUGAGCACCAAGACCAAGCUGAAGCUGACGGCGAUCGACGGCUCCCGAGUGCGCCGCGUGGGCGUGGCCCUGUUUGGCAGCAGCCGGGUGGAGGACUACGGCGAGAACGGCCUGGUGGUGCUGACCAACCAGGGCGAGCUGCACGUCAUCUCUCUGCCCUCAAUCAAGAUGCAAGUGCACCACCCUUGCAUUCGCCGAGAGGACGUCAGCGGCAUCGCUUCCUGUGUCUUCACCAAGCAUGGGCAAGGAUUUUAUCUGAUUUCUCCGUCUGAGUUUGAGCGCUUCUCCCUGUCGGCCCGGUGGGUGGUGGAACCGCGGAGCCUGGUGGAGUUGCCGGCCAAGUCGUCUCUAGACUCGGGCAAGGCCAGACUUCAAGUGGAUGGGACGGGCGAUAGCAGAGGUGGCAGAGGCAACAGCGAUGAUGAUAAUUCUGCUAGCCAUGUUAUGGAGCAUGCUUUGCUGAAUGAUGAGAAAGUUCUGCAAGAGAUCCAAAAGUCUCUUGAAGGAGAUGGAGGUCAGACGGGGCACACAGACCAUAUGCAAACUUCCCAGUUCAACAUGCUGAGCAAUGGCGACUGAAAGAUCCGCAAGAGUGCCUAAUUUGGAGUUCAUCCAUACUCCAGCCUUACUAGCGUGGCCUAAACACUAUUGCUUUUUUUACGACUACUGAACUCUUUUGGGCAAAUGCCUCAGCCUGAUGCCAGAAGUCUGACGCAUGGACCCACACCACUGCAAGGGGAACAGAAGACGUAAGAGAGCCUCAUAUUUGCCUGCCAUGACCAACCACUGUUUUCCCACCGAUUCCAUUGCUUGCCUUAGCCUAUCGUUCAUUCCCAGGAUUUUUCCCCCCUCUAUCGGGGGCAUUACAUUUGCACAAUCAGAAAGCAGGCAAGCCUCAAAGUAACCCUCACAUAAAAGGAUUAGACAUCAAUGUGUGGUGGAAGUCUCCCCCAUGAGCGUGCUUUGUUUUUUCUCUCGUUUUCUCGUUUCUUUCCUAUGUGAUUCUUCCUUUUCUAUGUAAUAUUUCUUGCAUCUGCACGGACGGUUAAACACAAAAGGGAAAAACCUAUCACGCUGACUGUUAACAUUAUAGUACUGUGCAUGUUACAGAAAAAAAGAGACUUCCUAUAUGUUGAUGUAAACUUACUGUGGAAGCGUGUGUAAUUGUUUUGCAGUACUGACAAGGCAUUAGCGUCUCUACCUCUUUCCCUGUCCGUCCACCUAAAACAGUGAAUAUUUUCUUACUUUUGAAGAGAGGUACUUUACUUUACUGUGUAGCUCUGAAAAUGCUGUAAUUAUUAGGGUGAAAAAACUUUUAAAGGGGUCUUGGUUGUUAAUUUAAUUAUUUUAGUUUAUCAAUGCAAUAUUGAAUAAUGUUAUUUAGGAAUGUGAUUUUAAUUUUUUCUUUUUUUUUUUAGUCCAAAUGUUUUAAUAUAUGUGUGCAAGCCAAUUUGUACCAAUUUAAUAUUUUUAUGGGGCUGCUGUUUGUAUUCUGGCAUGGAUCUAUUUUAGUAUGGUCUCCUGAAAUGCUCCAUGUGAUGGCUUUGGCGGGGGUUGUAGAAUAUAUUUUUGUAGUGGCAUAAUCAAGUACGACAACUCUAUCAUUUGUAAUUUUUACACUACACUUUGCUCCUGUGAGUAAAUUUUUUCACAAUCACGUUAA